AUGCAACAUCAAGCUCAACAAAAAAGCACCUCGAGCUCUGGCCAAAGCUCCAACCAGUAUGACCCUCGCUCGCCUUACGGGUCUGUUUUUCCCUCAAUGGGACUACCUCAACCAGCGACGCCAAUGGUCAUGGGCCUCGCAUGUACCAAGUCUCAAACCAUCGUUCCAGAUUCCCAUCGAAAAAGCACUGCGCCCACCACCCCGAUGAACAACAGCAUAGACUGGUCGGCCGGCAAUCGUACACCCUAUACGAGCCCUUUUUUUCUGCUACCUAAUUCGCCCGUUUUCAAUGGCCUGCCCCAGAUGACCCAGUUCAUGACAGGCUCUGUUCCGGGGCAGACUGACCAGGUGGUUCAAUAUCCCUAUUUUUCGUCUAAUGGUUACACCAAUCUCAACUCCAUAGUUCCAGGGUCUUACCCUGGAUGGCCCUACGUGAUGAACUACGAUGUGCAGGAUGUCUCCAACACCAAGCAAAAUGCAUGGACUUCUGUCGAUGCACAGCGAUCAGAGAAUAUCGGACCCAUGCAAUACUAUCCCACACCUCUGCUUUCCACCAUGGAUGCCAAUGCUCUCCCAGGAUACGCCUAUGGGGGCCUCUUCCCGCAACUUGGCUCACUCUCACUGCCGUUCCAAAUGAUGAAGACUACAAAUGGGUACAUGGUUCAAGACCUGGAAGCUUUGACACAGCAAGAGCCCGCAAUCCCUCGUGCAGUGCCGGCCAUGUGGACCAAUCCGUCCGAGCUGACACUCGCUAAAUGCCUGGAAAAUCGCGAGGGCAUCACAAAUGUUUACAUUCGCGGUUUUCUCCCAGAAACAACUGACGAUAUGCUUCACUCUUAUGCCGUUCGCUUUGGUAAAAUUGAGCGCUGCAAGGCAAUCGUCGAUCUGGACUCAGGUCUUUGCAAGGGCUUUGGAUUCGUUCAAUUCUUCAACUUCGAGUCGUGUGAGAACUGCAUUCGUGGAUUUUUCUACCUCGGUUACCAGGCCAGCUUCGCCCAGAAGUCCCGCAACUCUCGUCUCAAAGACUUGGAAGACAGCUCGUCUACCAACAUUUACUGUACCAACAUUCCCAUUGACUGGACUGAAGCUGACUUGCGUCGCCACUUCGAGCCAUACCGCGUCGUGUCGGAAAAGAUCAGCCGCGAUGAGAAAACGGGCGUCAGCAAGGAGGUUGGCUUCGCCCGUUUUGAAAGCCGUGACGUCGCCGAGCGGGUACUGAGCCAGUUUCAUAACACCACCGUGAAGGACAACGGUGUCAAAUUGUUGUUGCGUUUCGCAGACACCAAGGCUCAAAAGAUGCUGAAGCAGCAAAGUAACGAGCGCCGCGCCUACCGUGCUGGCGAAUACAACUACUCUGUAGAGGUUGUGCAGGGGUCUACUCCAUCGCCCUCGGCACCGCAUGACCAGCAGAAUAGCUCGCACUUUACGCCCAAUUCCCAGGGCAGCUUCACUUCUCCUGCUGGGCUUGGCUCAAAUUGGACUCCAGCAUCUUCAAUCUCUCCCACGUAUGCCCUGAUGAAGAAUGCUUCUGGAAACGACCCCUUGUCAUCUGUCAAGACAAACGCCAUUGAGAACACCCCUGUGUAUCGAGGGCGCCAAUACAAGGCUCGCCGUUCCGUGACUGAUAUUUCUGGGGGCUCAUCCAAGACGGCCAUGCCGAGAUCCUCUUCUGGCGAGCCUCGUUCCUACCUGUCUACGUCACGAAAGGAGAGCAUCAAGACCUCCUCGGUGUCUCCUCUGCGAUCGCGGAUGGAGUUUGAAGUAUCCACCCCACGCUCGUGCACACGCUCAUGCACCUAA